GCGCUGCGCGGCGCGGCGCGGCGCGGCCCGGCCGGCCGACGGCAUCUCCAUCUCUGCGUUCGCUCGCUGGCCGGCCGUCUGUCUGUCAGUCCCGCCGCGCCGGGGCCGUCUAGGUGGAGCCGGGGCUCAGGCGGCGGCAGUCUAGACCCGAGCAAGCUACGUGGAUGGGGCACUGGACCCAGAGUGCCUCCCCUUACCUGCCUGGGCCUCAGUUUCCAAAUCUGUGCAAUGGGGGUGACCAUCCCUGCCCUGCUGGCCGCCAGGAGUGGCUGUGAGUCUGUGGGCGUGGCAGCGGCCUGCAGGAAGUCAUAGGGCCCUUUCACAGGCCCGGCCUUCACCAUGGCGGGAGGGAGACCUCAGCUGAAGAGGAGUUUCUCCAUCAUUCCCUGCUUUGUCUUUGUGGAGUCGGUGCUGCUGGGCAUCGUGGUCCUGCUUGCUUACCGCCUGGAGUUCACGGACACCUUCCCCGUGCACACCCAGGGCUUCUUCUGCUAUGACAGUACCUAUGCCAAGCCCUACCCAGGGCCUGAGGCUGCCAGCAGAGCACCCCCGGCCCUCAUCUACGCCCUGGUCACCGCUGGGCCCACCCUCACGAUCCUGCUUGGGGAGCUGGCACGUGCCUUUUUCCCUGCACCACCGUCAACCAUCCCAGUCACUGGGGAGAGCACCAUCGUGUCCGGGGCUUGCUGCCGCUUCAGCCCCCCACUGCGGAGGCUGGUCCGCUUCCUGGGGGUCUACUCUUUCGGCCUCUUCACCACGACCAUCUUCGCCAACGCAGGGCAGGUGGUGACCGGCAACCCGACGCCGCACUUCCUGUCUGUGUGCCGUCCCAACUACACAGCCCUGGGCUGCCCGCCACCCUCACCGGACCGGCCAGGGCCCAACCGUUUCGUCACUGACCAGGGUGCCUGUGCUGGCAGCCCCAGCCUUGUGGCCGCUGCGCGCCGCGCUUUCCCCUGCAAGGACGCUGCCCUUUGCGCCUACGCCGUAGCCUACACAGCGAUGUACGUGACGCUCGUGUUCCGCGUGAAGGGCUCCCGCCUGGUCAAACCCUCACUCUGCCUGGCCCUGCUGUGCCCCGCCUUCCUGGUGGGCGUGGUCCGCGUGGCUGAGUACCGCAACCACUGGUCUGACGUGCUGGCUGGCUUCCUGACAGGGGCGGCGAUCGCCACCUUUCUGGUCACCUGUGUUGUGCACAACUUCCAGAGCCGGCCACCCUCUGGCCGAAGGCUCUCCCCUUGGGAGGACCUGGGCCAAACCCCCACCAUGGACAGCCGCCUCGAAAAGUUAAGUGUGGCCCAGGAACCCGAGGCCUGCAGGCCGCAUUCGACACCGGCACGGCUCACCCCAUCCAAGCCGCAGAACUGCGCCCACCGUGGCCACCUGAUCCCCAGCUGCGUGUCCUCCAGGGCUCCAGCCAUGUGUUCAUCACCCCGUGUGCCCCGCCCUCGACUGAGGUCUGAGCCAACACCCUUGCCUCUGCCCCUGCCCCUGCCAGCACCAACCCCCAGCCAGGGCCCCUCGCCCUCCUCCCCUGGGCUUGGGGGGCCGGGCGGGGGUGGUGGCCGUGGCCGGAAGCUGCUGCUGCCCACACCCCUUCUGCGGGACCUGUACACCCUUAGUGGACUCUAUCCCUCCCCCUUCCACCGGGACAACUUCAGCCCUUACCUGUUUGCCAGCCGUGACCACCUGCUGUGAGGCCCAACACCCACCCAGAAUCUGCCCAGUCCCCAUUUCUUCCCUGCCACGCGUGUGUGUGCGUGUGCUGUGUGAGUGCCAAAGCCCUUGUCCCCAAACCAGCCAGGCCCAGACCUCAGAGCAUGGCUGGAAGGACAUCCAGGGGACCCCCUGCCUCUCUUGCCCUCUGGGACAUCCAAGUGGGCAUAGUUGGGAGAUGGGUCCUUGCCUCCUAGGAUUGCCCUUUUAAGGGCCAAGGCCUGACUCCACUGGCCAUUGCCCAGCCAGUGGGAGCCCCCCAGUUCUCAGAAUUCUGGCCAAAAGGAGUUUACUCCAGCCAAUAGGAGCCUCCCCAUCAUUUCUUAGAAUCCUCAGGCAAGAGGGCAACUCUAGCCAGUGUUCAGCGUCUGAACAAUGAAUAGGAGUCCUUGGUUCUCAGAAUUUCUAGGGUGGGUGGGUAUGAUUCCAGUCAAUGGGGGACCGCCCAUGUCUAAGCAUGUGCAAAGGAGAGGAGGGAGAUGGGGUCAUCUUUUGUCAUCGGGUCCUCUCUCCUCAGAGAGUCCAACUGGAGGGUGGGGGGCAGGCUCCCCCGUGGCAGGGUACUUGGGGUACCCCUUCCUCUCUCAGCCCCUCCCUCACGUGCAAUCUCUCACCCAGUCCCUCCUAACUCCCAACUUAUGCAGGGCUUGCCCCACUUCAGAGGUUUUGGGGUUCAGGGUGCUGCAUCCUUCCUUGUCUGUGCCCAGGUCACCCCAAACCCUUCUGUUAUUUAUGAGGGCUUUGGGGAAGGAGUUUUUUUUUCUUAGAAGCCACCCCUGUUCUUCACACUGCCCCCCAUGCCUCAGCCUCAUACACAUGUGCCAUCAUAGGGGUACAGGUGGAGCAAAGAGGGCUCCCCACCACAGGCAGCCAAAGGCAGUGGGCAGGGGAGACACUGCCCCCUUUUCCUGCCCCCUCCUCAUCUUUAAUAAAGACCUGUUUGUAACAGAAGUUUGGCCACCUGCCUUCCUCCCCCAGGUGGCAGGGUGUGGAGGACUUUAAUUUUGGGUCUAGGUGUCAGUGAGGCUGGGUGUGAGUGAGUGUA